CGCGCACAGGCUUCUUAUCCCCGGUCAUCUUCUCCUUCCCUGUAGCAGCGUGCUCCUCUGCUCCUUCCGCUUCUUCUCCCUGGCGCUCGGCCGCCUCUGGUCCCCAGCAGCGGAGCUGCUUCUUCCCCAGUCAGGCGCCAGGCCUUCUUCUCUCCAGCUCGUGGGUCUCCCUCGCCAUAGUCGCGCGCAGUUCCCUGCUCGGCAGCCUCCCUGCUCGCCGGCAGAAGCUCCCAGCCGAGCAGCUCCUGGUCUCCAGCCUUCUUCUAUGCGCGUCCUGAGCUCCUCUGGUGCCGCAUCCGGCUCACUGGGCGCUUGGCCUCCUGCUCGCCGCGCCCUAGGCCCUAUUCCAGCUCGCCCAGCCGAGCUCCCUUGCCAUGGUCACGCCCCAGCUCGUCUUCCCCAGCACGCCGCGCUGUAGCUCCCUGCUCGGCGUCCUUCUCUACGCGUCUGCUCCCUCGCCGUGGAGUUCUCUGCGCUCUGCCCAACCCCGAUGCCCAGUCCUCGAGCUCGGCUUCUUCUCACUGAACUCGCCCCAACCACAGCCGCGCUCCCUGCCGAGCUCCCUCUGCUCGCGCGCGCCCUGCUUCCAUGGCCGCGCGUCCCUGGCUCGGCUCUGCCCAGCGCCGCUGUAGCCGAGCUUGUCCCUGCGCGCCCGUGUUUCCUGCUCCUAGACGCCGCGUCCUCCCGGCCAUGGAGUUCGCCGGUAGCCACCCCGUCGUGCUCGUUUCUGAUGCUCGCUCCGGCCAUGGACGCUAUCGAGCCCGCUGUUUUCCCUGUUCAGUACUCGCGUGGCUUCCUGCUCGCCAGUGCGCCCUCUCGACUCGCUUGGCCUUAAUCCCUAUCGCGUCAUCAACCUCGCCGGUUAUGGUGGUUCCUCGUCGCGUCGUGUGUGCAGCUCUAUAUACGUCACCCUCAUGUAUCGUCGUCGAGCCCGUCGAACCUCGUUCUUCCCUGCUCGACCUCGUCGAACCCUGAAUCCCAGACGUUAGGCAAAAAUAAGUGAGAUCCAUGUGCAUCGCUUAUCAAGUGCUCGGUCAAAGACUUCAAUCGAAGGUCGUCGUCAUUCCGUGCGUCAUCAAGAAAUCUCAAGAGUUGGGUGAAGACGAAGCUAGCAGCGUGAUAUUCACCAAGUGCUCGACAAAAAGCUCGAACAAGUCAUCGAUCGUCAUCCUCGUCUACGCCAAAGAUUCGAGAAGAUUAGGCGCAGAAGGAAAUAAAUCAGUACGAGGCCGGAUAAUUCUCGAUGUGGAUGAAGAUGAAGCGCGAUUCGAUGCAGCACUCACCCUAUUUUCGGUGAAAUGCUGAGCUGAAAGGCGUCAUCGAUUUCGUGGUUGCAAGUUUGAUUUAGUAUGGUAAGCCGAUUCAUAUUUCCGAUUAGCUUAAUUAUUGAAUUAGUUCGAUGAAUGCGAUGUGAUUAUUUUCACGAUUUUGGAGUAGUCGCGUUGGGUAGGUUUGAGAUGUUAAUAAUGUGACAUACAGUAAAUUAGUGAAUGAAGUUUAAAUUUAGU